AUGGUCACUUCCUACCUCGUCGUUGGUGCUUCUCGUGGUGUCGGUCUCAAUCUCGUUCGCCAGUUGCGCCAGCGGGGCGAUCCAUCUCAACAAAGCUAUAUCAGUCUCAAAAAUGUGCACGUCGUAGAAGGCGACAUCACCAAGUACGCGACGCUUGAGAGCUGCGCCAAGAAAGUGGCGGAGAUCACUGGGGGAGGGUUAGACGUGCUCAUCCACAACGCCGCGAGGACUUCAAUCGACAAUCUUUAUCAAGGCUUUGACGACUUUGAGUCCAUGGACGAGCUCGCCGCGGACUUCAUCGACGCCUACAAGGUCAACGCGCUCGGGCUCGUCUUCAGCGUCACCGCCUUCCUCCCCCUCCUCCGCGCCGCGCCCACGAAGAAGAUCGCCGUCAUCGGCUCCGAGGGCGGCAGCCCGGUCUUCGUCAAGGACUCGCGGAGCACGCUUAUGUGCGCCUACGGGCUCUCCAAGGCCGCGCAGCACGUCGCCGCCGUCAAGUGGCACCUCAAGCUCGCCCCGGAGGGCUUCAUCGUCGCCUGCGCGCGGCUGCUCGCGAUCGUGAAGGCGUGCGAGGGGAGCGCGACGCCGCUGCUGUGGCACACGCCGGCGGAGGCCGCGGAGAAGGAGCUGAGGGUGAUCGACAGCUUGACCCUGGAGCAGAGCGGGGAGUUCAUCCUCAAUCCACGAGCACCACGAAGACCGCGGGACGGCAUCGUCGAGGUCUCGGGCGGCGUCGCGGUCAUGUCGACUGCGCCCGGGGGCAUGAUGAGUCAUGAUCACGACGAAGCCCUCGUGCGCGCUGAGCUUCAUCGCCCAGUAGCACGUGUGCCGCCCUGCUCUCGGAACUUUCUUCGGACGUUUGGUCCGAUAUCAUCAUAUCCUCCACGAGUGCUUCUGAUGAUGAUGCGACAUUGUUUCCCACGUGAACUUCAUGGGAAUAUCGCCCAGUCGGAUGCGUCUAACUUCCAAGGGGGCCUCGUUGACGCUGCUCGAUGGACGAGUCACGAGGCCUCGCACAAGGAGUGGUUCUCAUCUACAACUUGCUCUGCUACUGUUCAGCUGUAUUAUAUUACCGGCCGCCCGCACAGUGUCCGGACAUGGUUCACCUGGGUCGUCGUAUCUGUCCUGAAGCUCGGGCGCGCGAUUGUCAUCAGCUACUCUGUCAACCUGAUUCGAAACGCAAACUUCGGCAGCGAUCAGCCCAUGCACACAGCUGAAAGCCUAUAUACCCAAACUGGUCUUCGGACGGAGUCUGUGCUUCAGGUCGUUGACAACGCAUUCAUAGCGUACCAGUUUUUGCUGCUUAUGCUCGAUCCCCGAAGACAUGAGACGAGGACGUAUGAACAGCGCCCUUCGGCAAUAUCCCUCUUCGCCGACAGCAGUAGCUUCGUUGGGAUCACAUACUCCCUCAUCGCCAACAACUACACCACCAUCGUCUCCGUCAUACUCUGCCUGCCCUCUCCCCGCUCUGGCCACCGCCCCCUCCUCACAGGCACAGACAACACUCUCGCGGCGCUCCACCUUCCUCCCACACCUCCGCGACGCCGCGACGCCGCACCCGCGCCCGGGUUGGAUAUGAACAGGUCCACACCGGAUAUCACCGUCACGAUGCCGUCCCCGUGGGCGAAGGACUCCACCUUCUCGGCCGACGGGAGCAUCCGCGACUCGGCGACGCAGGUCGGAGACUCGCAGGAGGACGCGAGGUGGAAGGCGCACUGGCUGGAGGCGAUCGAGAAGGAGUACGGGCAGAAGCUGCCGUCGCUCGCGAGCUCGGCCGUGUUCGACAACACGGGCGAACCGGUGUGCUAUGCCGUCUGA